AGUCAAACAUUAGCCCAGGAAACAGCUUAUGCCUUAUAUAAGGCCCCCCUAGGGGAGGCACAAACACAGCUUGUUGAAGCUGAGCCGUCCCACCACAGCAGCCGCCGGAUCCUAGGACAGAGCACCGGCCGCAAUUACAUCCACCACCGGUCCCGCCGGAGCCAGCCUCAGCCGCCAGUUCUGGUUCAUCUUGCCUGGUGCCAUGACCUUCUAUGAGCUUCUGGAGCGUGUGGGCAGCAUGGGCCCCUUCCAGUACCUGCAUGUGACCCUGCUGGCCCUCCCCAUCCUCGGCAUAGCCAACCACAACCUGAUGCAGAUUUUCACAGCCACCACCCCUGUCCAUCACUGUCGCCCGCCCCCCAACGCCUCUGCAGGGCCCUGGGUGCUCCCCAUGGGCCCAAAUGGGAAGCCUGAGAAGUGCCUCCGUUUCAUGCAUCUACCCAAUGCCAGCCUGCCCAAUGACACCCAGGGGGCCACCGAGCCGUGCCUGGAUGGCUGGGUCUACAACAGCACCAGGGACACCAUUGUGACAGAGUGGGACUUGGUAUGCAAUGCUGGCAAACUGAAGGAGAUGGCCCAAUCAGUCUUCAUGGCGGGCAUCCUGGUUGGAGGGCCCAUGUUAGGAGAACUAUCCGACAGCUGCAGGUUUGGCCGCAAGCCCACCCUGACAUGGAGCUACCUACUGCUGGCAGCCAGCGGCUCAGGCGCUGCAUUCAGUCCCAGUCUCACCUUCUACAUCAUCUUCCGCUUCCUCAGUGGCUUCAGCAUCUCAGGCAUCUCCCAGAGUACCGUCAUCUUGAAUGUGGAAUGGGUGCCCACGCGGGUGCGAGCCAUCUCAUCGACAGUAAUUGGGCACUUCUACACCAUUGGCCAGUUCAUCCUGUCCGGCCUGGCCUACGCCAUCCCCCAGUGGCGUUGGCUACAGUUAGCCACGUCUGUUCCCUUCUUCGUCUUCUCCCUGCUGUCCUGGUGGGUACCAGAAUCCAUACGCUGGCUGGUUCUAUCUGGAAAAUUCUCGAAGGCAGUGAAGACACUGCAACGGGUGGCUACCUUCAAUGGCAAGAAGGAGGAAGGGAAAAAGCUCAAUGUGGAGGAGCUGAAAUUCAUCCUGCAGAAGGACAUCAUCUCAGCCAAGGUCAAGUAUGGCUUAUCUGACUUGUUCCGGAUACCCAUCCUGCUCCGUGUGACCCUGUGUCUUUCUUUGGCCUGGUUCUCUACUGGUUUUGCCUACUACAGUUUGGCUAUGGGGGUAGAAGAAUUUGGAGUCAACCUCUACAUACUCCAGAUCAUCUUUGGUGGGGUCGACAUCCCAGCCAAGCUCAUCACCAUCCUCUCCAUAAGUUACCUGGGCCGGCGCAUCACUCAGGCCAUUGUCCUGCUCCUGGCAGGAGGGGCCAUCUUGGCUCUCAUCUUUGUGCCCCCCGAGAUGCAGCUCCUUCGGACAUCACUGGCUGUGUUUGGAAAGGGAUGCCUGUCUGGCUCUUUUAGCUGCCUCUUCCUCUAUACCAGUGAACUCUUCCCUACAGUCCUCAGGCAAACAGGUUUGGGCGUCAGUAACGUGUGGGCCCGUGUGGGAAGUAUGCUAGCCCCACUGGUGAAGAUCACAGGUGAGAUGCAGCCCUUUGUCCCCAAUAUCAUCUAUGGGACCACGGCCCUACUGGGAGGCAGUGCUGCCUUUCUUCUGCCCGAGACCCUCAAUAAGCCCUUGCCAGAGACUAUUGAAGACAUGCAAAACUGGCAACAGCAAGCCAAGCCAGUAAAGCAGGAGCCAGAAGCUGAAAAGGCAUCCCAGAUGGUCCCUCUGAAGACAUGUGGAUCAGACCCCAGCUGAAGACAACAGAACCCCUUUUCCUGCCCUCCAGAUACUAAUCCCAGCCCAGGCCCUGCCAGGACUCUUCAGGCACCUUGGAGGUUGGGGAAGGCCUGGAUUGGGUCCAUGCUCCCAAGAAUGAAGCUUUCUAAGACCCAGCAAAGACGUCUCCACCAUCACUGCCCUCCAUCACAGCCCACAACCAGCCCUCGCUGUUCAAAGUUCUGGCCAUAGGCCCUUCCAUACUCACCCCUGGACUCAUCCUCCGGGUAACCCAGGCCCUGUCAUUCUUCUGUAUGUCCUACUGUCUGUCCUUAGCCACCUUCCUCCAUUAUCCUACUUUAUUUGUGCCCGAGUGUCCCUAGAUCAGUUUUAAUAGUUUCUGUUUCUUCCCCGGAACUCUUUCUUGGAUGGGAAAUUCCAAUAAACAGAAAUAAUGAACUCAA